CUUCAUGGGUAGCAGCUACUGGAGGGAGAGACAGGAAGAUGACAAUUUUAUGACUUGCCUUAGGAAAACAUAAAUUUUAGUUUCUAUGGCCUGCCUUAGAGGGAGUUAUGAGGUAGGAACUGUGGAUAAAGACCAGAAGAUAAAUUUCAGAAUAUCACACUAGAUACUUUAUUGAAGUUAAAGAUAUCUGGGUAAGAACUCCUAACUUUUAUUAAUGUUUUUUUCUUGGUUUUAGGAAAGAUAUGUGGCCAGCUUGAUGCCUUUACAGAAAAGUAUUUCUCCAUGGAAGAGUCCACCCCAAUUAAGGCAGUUCCUUCCUGAAGAGUUUAUGAAAACACUUGAGAAAACUGGACCUCAGCUAACUUCUAGAAUAAAAGGCGAUUGGAUUGGACUUUAUAAGCAUUUUCUAAAGUCUCCAAAUUUUGAUGGCUGGUUCAAGGCAAGGCGGAAAGAAAUGACCCAAAAAUUAGAGGCACUUCAUCUAGAAGCUCUUUGUGAAGAGGACCUGCUUCUCUGGAUCCAGAAACACACAGAAGUAGAAACAGUAGACCUUGUAUUAAAGUUGAAAAAUAAGCUGUUGCAGGCCGACCGAGAGCAUUUACCUGUGAAACCUGACACUGUGGAAAAGUUACGGACACAUAUAGAUGCAAUUAUCUUAGCUUUGCCAGAGGACCUUCAAGGAAUACUGCUCAAAACUGGCAUGACAUGAUGGUCACCAGGAUUUUCCAAAAAAGGACUGUGCACCAUGAAGCAUACUGACAUUUCAACCAGACAGACAAAGAAGAUUUCUCGGUGGUAGCAGAGUGGAAAAUAGCCGUGAAUGCUAGACACAGGGUGGAAAGACUGUGUUGUAUAAAUAGACCUUUUUAGUGCAUUAUUUUUUAAAAAAUGGAUAUCUGUGGUGGUUCCACUUUAAUACUGGAACUUCAGAAGGCAUUUCUAUAUUUUUAAUCAUGUUCUAAAGUGCUCUUAGGAGAGACCUGUGGGGCCAUCAGUAUAAGUGAUUCCAAACUGCAGUGCUGGCAUUGCAGGUAUUUUUUUAAAUUGGUGCUGCUUUGCCCAAUCAUGUUGAAACUCAGGGGGAUGUAAAAAUAACGUUCACACUGGCUCUCUUCUUAAGAAGGAGAAGACUGAAGUGUCCAACUUAGUUAGAAGUAACUGAUGCUUAUGUAGUGCCUUCUGUUGCCUGCAUGUUUGCAAGGUCCAGCUGCUGGUCUUGACCUUGGCUUCACCUUACUUGAUGAUGGUCUAUAACUUCGUAAGGCACUGCACUGAGUAAUCAUUGCUUAAAAAUAUGUUUCUUCCUGCCCAUUGUGUUUAUUACUUGGCAUGGUGGGUUUUCUUAAACUGCCGUGUAGUUUUCAUUUCAUUAUUUUUUUAACCAUUUUCAAAAUUUAGUCUUGCCAGCUUCUCCAAAGGCAAGAAUACAUCUAGUAUUAAUUGUGAAGUAGUUUGUUUUCUCUUACUGUUUACUAUUUGGGCUUAUGUAAAUGAAUUAGCUUAGAUUUUUUUUAAGCCAUUCUAAUUAUGAACCUCAUAAUUAGCUAUUUUUUAAGCCGAACUAUUCUUACAUCAAAGUCAUUCAUAAACCUUUUAUGUGGUAGUUAGUUGAAUGAUUAGUUUGAUUUCCAGCAUUAUUUGUUGGGUAGUGUUAUUUUUCCAAAAUUAAUGUUUCUCAGAACACACUCUGUUGUCUCAUAUGACAUGGGAACUUUUACCUGAAUCACUGUUAAAAUUUUUUAUUGUUGUUUUUGUUUAAUUCUGUUUUGUUUAUACUACCUUGUCAAAAAUAGAGGAGUAUUAUUUGGUAUAGUAAAAUUGUUUGGUUUGUGUUUGAAUGAGUGUCCUACAGAAGCCACUAUUUAAAAUAGGCACACAUGAUGUAGCACAUAUGUAAAUAGCUGUGUCUUAAGUACCCUCUAAACAACCAAAUUUUGUUUUAUGUAUUUGUAAAAGAAAUGGCUUCAGAAACUAUCUCUUGUACUCUGUUGAUGUAACUCUUUAAGGGCAUUCCUGACCCAAGAAAAGCUCCUUGUGUUUGCAACUGUGGUCUAAAACCCAAGUGUGCCCUUUUCUGGAUAUAGCCUCUUGAAGCAUACCUCUAAGUUAUAGCAAGAAUGUGGCAUUUGGAAGAGAUCAGUUGCCUCAGAUCAUAUUAGUUAUUUUGUGAAACAACAGUUGCCUUUCAGAAAAGGGACACUACUUUUAUACGCUAAAGUAUUUCAUAACUUUCUGGGAAACUUUAUUUAGAUAUAAAUGGUCAUCUUAUUAUUUUUCAAAAAGGUGUAUUUUAAUAAUCUCACAAUUUAUAUACAGUUUGUGACCUGAAUUUAAAAGUUGUUUGCAUCAUAUCAAGGAUCUUUUACAUUGUACCACUACAUGAUUUAUCAUUUCAAGUUUAUUUUGCACAGCAAAGAAUAGCAUGAUAAUGGUGUUUUCACACUUACUGUAUUUAACUGAAACUUAACACAUGUUGAAACCAUAUAAUACCCAGUUUACAUUUUAAUUUCAAAUUAUGUACUUGUUAAGAAUAACUUAAAGUUGCAUUGGAAAUCUGCGAAAGACUGGUAAUUUAAUUUUUUCUGUGAUUUUAGGAGUUGUCUUUUUUUUUUUAGAAGACUUAGUUAAUAUUCAAACCCUGCCAUUUAAUGCAUUAUCUCCACCAGCAUCAGAAGGAAUCACUGCUUUAAGGGUGUUAUGUAAUGCCUAGUGCCUUCUAUUUACAGUGAAAAAGAGAUUUUGUGGAGGCAUUUAUGGUCAUUACCAAAAAAUGAAUUAAAGGCCUUGGAUUUUAAAGCAUUUGUAUAUCUUGUGUUAUUUCUGAAUGCGUUUAGAGUGCUUGGGAAAGCAAAGGUAAUGAAACGUUUACGUUAUAAGACUCCUU